GUGGGUGGGAGAUCUGGGCGGAGAGGUGGUGAAGCUGCCACCCAGCAAUGGGAGAUCAAAACUCGCUGCCAUCCAUCUCCUUGCCGCUGUUUUUUCUUCUCUUCCUUCUUCCUGCCGCGCAAUGCGGGGUCACCUACGACAGCAAGGCCGUCAUAAUCAACGGCCAGAGGAGGAUUCUCAUCUCUGGCUCCAUUCACUACCCCAGGAGCACCCCAGAUAUGUGGGAAGGGCUGAUCCAGAAGGCCAAGGAUGGAGGACUGGAUGUGAUACAAACAUAUGUGUUCUGGAAUGGUCAUGAGCCUUCUCCUGGAAGUUACAAUUUCGAGGGGAGGUAUGAUUUGGUGAGGUUUAUAAAGACAGUGCAGAAGGUGGGGUUGUAUGUCCACCUCCGCAUUGGGCCUUACAUUUGUGGGGAGUGGAAUUUUGGAGGAUUUCCGGUGUGGUUGAAGUAUGUUUCAGGCAUCAGCUUCAGAACAGACAAUGAGCCUUUCAAGAAUGCGAUGCAGGGAUUCACCCAAAAGAUUGUGCAGAUGAUGAAGAGCGAAUCGCUGUUUGCGUCGCAGGGUGGCCCAAUUAUACUCUCACAGAUUGAGAACGAGUAUGGACCGGAAAGUAACGCACUUGGUGCUGCUGGUCAUGCAUAUGUGAACUGGGCUGCUAAAAUGGCGGUUGGUAUGGGGACAGGUGUCCCCUGGGUGAUGUGCAAGGAGGAUGAUGCCCCAGAUCCAAUGAUAAAUGCAUGCAAUGGUUUCUAUUGUGAUGCUUUUACUCCCAACAAACCUUACAAGCCUACAAUGUGGACUGAAGCUUGGAGUGGCUGGUUUACAGAGUUUGGGGGCACUGUUCAUCAGCGACCUGUUGAGGAUCUGGCAUUUGCUGUUGCACGCUUUAUACAAAAGGGUGGCUCCUUCAUUAAUUAUUACAUGUAUCAUGGAGGAACUAAUUUUGGUCGUACGGCGGGAGGUCCCUUCAUUACAACCAGCUAUGAUUAUGAUGCUCCUAUCGAUGAAUAUGGACUCAUCAGGGAACCAAAAUAUGGACAUCUGAAAGAGCUCCACAAGGCCAUAAAGUUAUGUGAACCAGCCUUAGUUUCUGCUGAUCCAACUGUUACUUCUUUCGGAAGUUAUGCACAGGCUCAUGUCUUCAGUUCCGAAUCAGGCAGUUGUGCAGCUUUUCUUGCAAACUACAACCCUAAUUCUUUUUCAAGAGUAAUGUUCAAUAACAUGCACUACAGUCUGCCUCCUUGGUCAAUCAGCAUCCUUCCUGACUGCAGAAAUGUUGUAUUCAAUACUGCAAAAGUUGGUGUUCAAACAUCUCAAAUGCAAAUGUUUCCUGCUGACAGUACGUCCCUUAUGUGGGAGACAUAUGAUGAGGAGGUUGCUUCAUUUGAUGAUAAUUCACUGAUCAGCACAACCGGCCUUUUGGAGCAGAUAAAUGUUACCAGAGAUGCGAGUGAUUAUCUAUGGUACAUUACCAGUGUUGACGUGAGUUCUGCUGAAGGAUUUCUACAAGGGGGUCAACUCCCUGUUCUGACUGUGCAGUCAGCUGGUCAUGCCCUGCAUGUCUUUGUCAAUGGUCAACUCUCAGGUUCUGCUUAUGGAACCAGGGAAGAUAGGAGGAUUACAUAUACUGGUAAUAUCAAUCUUCGUGCUGGAUCUAAUAGAAUUGCACUCCUAAGUGUUGCUGUUGGACUGCCUAAUGUUGGGAUGCAUUAUGAGUUAUGGAACACCGGAGUCCUAGGUCCUGUGGUGCUACAUGGAGUUGAUGAAGGAAAAAGAGAUUUAACCUGGCAGAAAUGGUCAUACCAGGUUGGCCUAAAAGGAGAAGCUAUGAAUCUAAACUCUCUAGAUGGAACUUCUUCAGUUGAAUGGAUGAAACAGUCACUAACAUCUCAAAAGCAGCAGCCUUUAACAUGGUAUAGGGCCUACUUUGAUGCUCCUGCUGGAGAUGACCCACUGGCAUUGGAUAUGGGCAGCAUGGGUAAGGGUCAAGCGUGGAUAAAUGGACAAAGCAUUGGAAGGUACUGGUCUCUAUGGGCCCCAAAUGGGGAUUGCAAUGGCUGCAACUAUGCAGGGACAUAUCGAUCACCAAAAUGUCAAAGUGGUUGUGGUCAACCAACCCAACGCUGGUAUCAUGUGCCACGGUCCUGGUUACAGCCAACCCAAAAUCUGUUAGUGGUUUUCGAAGAACUUGGAGGUGAUGCAACAAAGAUUUCUUUUGUUAAGAAAUCCGUGUCCGGUGUUUGUGCUGAUGUUUCUGAGUGGCAUCCGAUGAUAAAGAAUUGGCAUAUUGAGAGCUAUGGUCAACCUGAGGAGCACCAUAAGCCAAAAGUUCACCUUCGAUGUGCACCAGGACAGUCUAUCUCAGCUAUCAAGUUUGCCAGCUUUGGCACACCCUUGGGAACCUGCGGAAAUUUCGAGCAGGGAGCUUGCCACUCGCCAAAUUCACACAGCACCUUGGAAAAGAAAUGCAUUGGGCAGCAGAGAUGUGCAGUCACAAUAUCCACCGACAAUUUCGGUGGGGAUCCGUGUCCCAAUGUGAUGAAAAGAGUGGCUGUAGAAGCAAUAUGUUCCUCCAAUGCUCAGCCAUUAUCAUGAGCUUGGGAGAUGAAGGGUAAUUGAAGGAGUCUCUUUAAUUAGUUUCGCUCUCGUGCAACUGUACCUGAAAGGAGCAUAAGAGAGCAUAAAUAAUUGUGAAGUGUGUAUGUAGACACAAGAAAGGUGUGUGUUUGUUGUAUGUGGAGUUAAUGUAGGUGGGAAAGAUGGUGGAUUUGUAGUCGAGUCCUUGCAUUUAUUUUUAGGUAAAGAUGCCUCUCCAGCUCCAAAUUAUUCUCUGGUUUCCCAACCUUUAUUCAGAAGUUGGUACCAGAAAGGAGACUAGGAGGUGGUAAAGGGGGAAAAUUAAAAAGAGAGAGAGAGAGAGAGAGAGAGAGAGAGAGAUGGAUUGCAUAUUUGCUUUUAUUGAUGUUAUUUUUUUCUUAUUCUGUGGAAGAAAGUUGUGAUUAAUGUCGGUUCAUGAAGGAAGGUCAUUUUAUGCUUGGGUCUAAUUGUGAAGAUGCUAAUUGAUGUCAUUUCUUCUUCUCUACCCCCAA